AUGUCCUUUUCAUUCGGUUUCUCUCAGGCUGAUGUGUCCGACGACGAGCUAGAGCCACUUCCAGUCGACUCCAAGCCUUCGGCCGCCGCAUCAACUGCAGCUCCUUCGGAGGUUCCUCCAAAGCUCCAUUCCAUAAAAUCAAUCCUAGAUACCCUCAUCAACGUUAGAAUCACCUUCGACAAUUACACAACUCCCGGCGGCAACAUCGUCUAUAGACGCGAGCUUUUCGACAUGAAACACCAGUGCAUGAUGGAGGAAGAUAACGAUAGCGAAGCCAAUAAGAUACACAAAAUCUUGCUUGGAUCAGAUGAAGAGCUAGAUCUUCAAAAGAACGUCUAUGAGGGUGGGUUCAAGCUGUGGGAGUGUUCUUAUGACCUUGUAGAUGAAAUUGCCAACCAGGAGAACGAUCAAUUGUUCAGCAACAAGAGCUCCAUUCUCGAAUUGGGGUGUGGAUCAGCCUUGCCAUCAUGCUUUAUCCUUAUGAAGUGGUUUGAGAAGAAAGUCUCCAACAAGACGCUUCUUUUGAGUGAUUUCAACCUCGAGGUCCUUCGAUUGGUCACCGUUCCAAACCUUAUAGUCCAUUGGGCAUCCACGCUUGAGCCCCAAGAACUCGCUAAGCUUCAAGAUCCAGAUAUUCCAAUGAAGAACGAUGAGCUUCAAGUGACUGCUCAACUUAUCGAAGCAUUCACAGACUCCCUUCAUCAACAAAACCUAGAUAUCCAAUGCAUCUCUGGAUCCUGGAGUCUGGCAUUCGCUGAUCUCGUCCAGCCAUUCAACCCAGACUUCAUUCUUUCGUCUGAAACCAUUUAUUCAUUGGACACUUUGCCCACCUUUAUAACCUUAUUGGUUGACUUGAUGACCAAGAGAAGCUCAGUUGCACUCAUAGCAGCAAAAUCCUAUUACUUUGGCGUAGGAGGGUCACUUAAAGACAUUCGAGACCAACGAUGUCCCAAACUCGCUGCUUAA